AUGGCCGACCUCAUCGAGAUGCGGGAGGAGGUGUCCAACCUGGUCAUCAGCGCCAUCAAGGAGGCCGAGGAGCACCAGGACUCCUUCGAGCGCUACGCCUACCUGUGGCUGGACAGCCCGCAGGAGUUCAUGAGGCACUUCCUGGCCUAUGGCCGCGCCGUGUCCCCCGAGGACCUGGACGCCCGGGCCGAGGAGACCCUCCCGCGCACGCCGCCCACCCUGGCCCAGUUCCAGCAGCAGGAGAGCGUGGCGCCCCUGUUCGAGGUCCACAUGGAGCUGGACGAGGAGGGCCUGACCUUCACCCCGUCCCUGGAGGUGGGCGGGGACUACAGCUUCCUGGUGCUCAUCGAGGGCCUCAUCAGCGACAUCUACAACACCGCCAAGCUCGUCCCGCGGCUGGCCAAGGGCCGGCUCAACUACAAGGUCAGUGUGGGCCAGCGCCGCCCGGCGGGAGCGGCCCGGACUCAGCGGUGCCCGGCGCGCAUCACAGGACACGGCUCCGACGGGCCGAGGCCCGAGUUCUCCAUGGGGGGCUCCUGGGACCCGCGGCGGGGCCCCCCGAAGCCCCUCUCCUCCCAGGCCGGCCUCUCUGCCGUGCUGAAGGCCCUGGACAGCACCUGGUCCGCCAUGGAGUUCGAGCACGAGCCCCACGCGCGCACCGGCGUGCUGCUGCUCAAGUCGGACGAGCUGCUGGUGGAGACCCUGGAGGACAACCAGGUGCAGCUGCAGAACCUGAUGAUGUCCAAGUACCUGUCCCACUUCCUGAAGGAGGUGACCAGCUGGCAGCAGAAGCUGUCCACGGCGGACUCGGUCAUCUCCAUCUGGUUCGAGGUGCAGCGCACCUGGGGCCACCUGGAGAGCAUCUUCAUCGGCUCCGAGGACAUCCGCGCGCAGCUGCCCGAGGACUCGCGGCUCUUCGACCGGAUCGACCAGGAGUUCAAGGUGCGCCGCGCCCCGCCCCGCGCGGCCCCUCAGCGAGGCCGGGGGGCGGGCUCCCACCGUGUGGCCGGUCCCCAGGCCUUGAUGGAAGACGCCGUGAAAACCCCCAACGUCGUGGAAGCCACCAACAAGCCGGGCCUCUACAAGAAGCUGGAGGGCCUGAAGAAGAGCCUGGCCGUGUGCGAGAAGGCCUUGGCGGAGUACCUGGAGACAAAGAGGCUGGCCUUCCCGAGGUUCUACUUCGUGUCCUCGGCCGACCUCCUGGACAUCCUCUCCAACGGGAACAACCCCGUGGAGGGACGUGGCCCGGGCCAGCGCCCUCGUGCCUGCGGGGCGGCUUCUGGGCACGCGCUGCCCAGCCAGCCCCUAGCCUGGGCCAGAGCCAGGAGGAAACGCUGCCUGGCAGCCCCACUUCAGCAGGGGGACCGGCUAGCUGGGCGGCCGGUGUGCGGGGCCCUCGUGGGACUACGGGGGCACAGCGUGGCCUGCGGCGUGGGCCGGGCUCGUGACGGCCGCACACUGGACGAGGGCUGGCAGGGGCCCCCGCCGGGGCAGACCCGCGGGGCCGACGUGGCCCGUUGUCACGGCCCGGCCGGUUUCACCGUGGCCUUCCCUGGGGUCCACGUGAGCCGCCACCUGUCCAAGCUCUUCGACAGCCUGUGUAAGCUCAAGUUCCAGCUGGACGCCAGCGGGCAGCCGCUCAAGGUCGGCCUGGGCAUGUACAGCAAGGAGGACGAGUACGUGGACUUUGACCAGGAGUGUGACCUGUCGGGGCAGGUGGAGAGCUCGCAGGCCUUCACCUGGCAGUCCCAGCUGCGCCAUCGCUGGGACGAGGAGAAGAGGCAUUGCUUCGCCAACAUCUGCGACGCCCAGAUCCAGUACUCCUACGAGUACCUGGGCAACACGCCGCGGCUGGUCAUCACCCCGCUCACGGACAGGUGCUACAUCACCCUGACCCAGUCCCUCCACCUGAUCAUGGGCGGAGCCCCCGCUGGCCCCGCCGGGACCGGCAAGACGGAGACCACCAAGGACCUGGGCAGAGCCCUGGGCACCAUGGUCUACGUCUUCAACUGCUCCGAGCAGAUGGACUACAAGGUGAAAUGUGUCCAAGACGCGAUUCGAGCCAAGAAGAAAACCUUCAAUUUCCUGGGCGAGAUGAUCCGCCUCAUCCCCACCGUGGGCCUCUUCAUCACCAUGAACCCCGGCUACGCCGGCCGCACCGAGCUGCCCGAGAACCUCAAGGCCUUGUUCAGGCCCUGCGCCAUGGUGGUCCCCGACUUUGAGCUGAUCUGCGAGAUCAUGCUGGUGGCCGAGGGCUUCCUGGAGGCUCGUCUGCUGGCCAGGAAGUUCAUCACGCUCUACACCCUGUGCAAGGAGCUGCUCUCGAAGCAGAGCCCCUCGGUGGGCCCCGCGGCUGGCCGGCUGAUCCGGGGGCGCCCCGUGCAGGUCCUCAAAUCCCUCAACAAGACCUACCAGAACCUGAAGAGGCGGCCGGUGGCCGUGGACCUGGACCCCAAGGCCGUCACCUGCGACGAGCUCUUCGGCAUCAUCAACCCGGCGACCAGGGAGUGGAAAGACGGCCUGUUUUCCACCAUCAUGAGGGACCUGGCCAACCUCACCCACGACGGCCCCAAGUGGAUCGUCCUGGACGGGGACAUAGACCCCAUGUGGAUCGAAUCCCUCAACACCGUCAUGGAUGACAACAAGGGGCCGUGGGGGGCAGGAGGGCUCCCCCAGGAGACCCGGCCCCACCAUGGGCUCCCCUCGGGCUCCCUGCGCUCCGCCUCGGGUACAGACGGGAGAGCCUCCCCGUCCGGGCCGCGCAGGGCAAAGGGCAGUGGGGUCCGUGGGUUUACGCAGCAGCCCGAGAGCUCCGCUCUGAGCGCCCCGGGAUUCCCGGGGGCGAGGGCAUCUGACACGACACUCAGCUCCUCCCCGUCCGUCCCGGGGCCGCCAUCCUCGGGGCGCAGGCGCGGAGCGGGCACGGGUGGCCGAGAGACGCCAGGGGGCAGCUGGAGCGGCGUGGGGGGCCCCCACUCGGGCACGCUCGUCAGGACCAUGGCCCUGGCCGCUGGCCCGGGCGCCCCCCAGGUCCUCACCCUGGCCAGCAAUGAGCGGAUUCCCCUGAACCGCACCAUGAGGCUGGUGUUCGAGAUCAGCCACCUGAGGACGGCCACCCCGGCCACCGUGUCCCGAGCCGGCAUCCUCUACAUCAACCCCGCGGACCUGGGGUGGAACCCGUGA